AACACAUUUCAUGUGAUUUACGCUUUUGUUAAGAUACGACUACGUUUAUAAAAUGUGCGACUCUUGACAGCAAACUGUUAAUUCCCCAAUAUUGCGAGUGCACUUGCUCAGAUAUGCUAGCUACUGAGAAAACAGCAAACAAAUAAUAAUAAAAAAAUUAACUGGAACGCCUAAAUCUACAGCUCAAGAAAUCGCUCUUAAAAAAAGACUGUAACUAACAAAAACAAAAUACAAAAUUAACACAAGCCAUGGAAAAUAAAACCACUACAUCUAAACGUGAUGAAAUCGAACAGUUCUUAAUAGAUGUGCGCGCACAUUUUCGCGCAUCGCUGGAGACAUCGGAGUAUGAGAAUACCUCGAAUCCGUUUCAUAUGACAGAUGCCGAGCAGACCGUUAAACUCCUGUCCCGAUGCGAACUCCUCUUGUCUCAAAUCGCAGACAAGCAGGCGGCCCCAACGCCCAUUACAUCCAAUUGGUUGGAUAAUUGCAGCGGCGAAAGCAAAACGGCCACAACCAGCGAGGCGUCUUCUGAUGGGACCGGUUGCUAUCUGGAGAUGAUGUCGACGCGCGUAUCGAAGAAUACACUGUCCGCCUCACGGGAAUACAUUGAUUUCGCCAGCACUGGCUCGGUGGACAGUGAUAAGACAUUUCGCUGUUCCAGCGGCCAAGAGACGAUGGUGUCAGGAGAGACCAAUGAGAAGGGGAAGCAACACCAACAGCUAAGCGACAUCUAUCAAAGCAUGGAUGACGAUGAAACACAAAUGGUGAUGGCACCUACGGACCCCGAUCUCAGUCAGGUCAUCGAUUGUCCCUAUUCAGAUUUGCCGGCCGGACAUCUGGCCAUUCAGCGUUCGACCAAAUAUGGACAGCUUCAGCGCAUUGAGAAGCGUUUGUUUUUCGACCAGAGCAAGAAAUAUUACUGCGGCAUUAUAGACGAUUGGAUGCUCUGCUAUGUAGAUGGGCCAACUUCUUGUCGACCCACCAAUACCUUGUAUUUGAAGAGCUCCGCCAUCGAAAUCGAGCAUUUUGGUGAAGGCAAGAGACGCGAUGUUUGCUUUCAAAUAACCACAGCCGAUCCCAACAAGAAGUUCAUUUAUCAGGCGAGCAAUGAGGUAGAUGCCAAAGAGUGGAUACACGCCAUUGAAGCGGCCAUACGUGGCGAUGCAGCCAAUGCCAAUCCUGCCACAGUCUCUCUAAAAUCAACUCGGCGUUUGCCUACGCCGCCCGUCAUAAAAAAAUGUUACCAAGCAGCACCAACCAAAGCCGAUCAAGUCGAUUGUAUCUAUGAAGAACCAUCGGCGCUCUACAAUUACAGCGAGCCCGUUGUCACAUUGCCACAGCUACCCGAGAAAACCAACAGUCCCUGCGCCUUGGCCAAGCGAUUCGAGUACGAUAUACCAAAGUGUCCGCCGCAGCCGUUAACAACAAAUGCCGAAACGACGGGCUUACUAAAUAUGCCGGAUGACACGCCUGCGGUCGAGGCUAAGCCGCAACCUUCUAGCCUACACGGCGGCCUAAAACUUGAUUUUCAAGCCAAGGUGAAAACCGUGCACAGUGAGCUUUCUAGUCAAUUGUCGCCCGGAGGACCUAGUCCAGAGCGGUUAAAGAAGGGCGUCAAAAAGACUUACUCGUGUGGUUCUAGCGAUGGUGAAAUGUUGUCCCUGACUACAGCUAAUCCGAAGGAGCAGAAAAAGCAACGCAAAACAUCAGCAGCGCAGACAAGUACGAGCCCACAGAAAUCUCCAAGUAAAGAUUGUGAUAAAUUGGCAAAAAAUUGGUUCCUUAGUCGCUUGAACAAAACGGCCGGUCUGGCUACGAGAGGAUCUAUGGGGACGGGCACUCAGGGGGCCAGCACACCCAGCAACGCUAAAUGCAAACAGAGCGAAAAGUGGAACCUUCUCGAUGGCUUAGAUUUAUGCGAUGGACACGACCCUGGUGCAAAAACCGAACAGACUAGUAACAACAAUUCCAGCAAUCAUCCUCUGACCUGCCUUAAGGCCGAGGCCAAGAGCAAAGUAAACAUGAUUGUCAAUCAAUUCGAGAGCAAUGGACACCUUAAAUCAAUGUUUAGCGUUGAGCUGGCCUCGCUCACAUCCUUGUGCGAUAGCGACACUUGCAACAACUACGAGCCUAUAAUGCAGGUAUCGACGCCGCCGAGCAGCUUCCUCAAGAAGGUUUAGACAGGAACAGAUUUUGGAUAUAUAAUAGUUUACAAAAAAUGUUUAUUCACAUUUUACAUAAAAUUUGAAUAUCAAAACAAUUAUUCAUUUACA